AUGCUCGGUAACAAUGGAUCGAUUGAUGCAACCUCACAAGCAUUUUGGUGGGCUCUAAAUGGAGACGAUCUUGAGGCUGAUAACUACCUCAAGUCGAGUCUUACAAACACUCAGAUCGAUUCUCUAUUUCCAGAACAAGGUGUCUCUAUGCACCAAUAUUCUCAAAAUUAUGGUCUAGACGUUGACCCACAACUUGGAAAGGUAGAUUUUGAUAUGGACUUCGACAUGAACGGUUUUCAGAAUACGCCUCACCCCAAUGAUGCAGAGAGCUUCCCCUUAGACAUGCCUACUUCUCUUGAAAGCUUCCAAUUCCUUCAGUUACCCACCGAAAGCUCUCGGGAAGGGUCGGCUAUGACACCUGAGGUUUCUGUGCCAAGUCGGUCAAAUGCAACACCCAUAACACUACCGGAAGAUGUCGACGUCAUAGUUCAUUACGGCAUGCUUCAUAACAUCGAAGUGAAACUAGUGCCUGUCGACAUGUCAUCCAUAGAUGAAAGACUGGCAGCAGAAACCUCAGCUUAUCAGUGCUUUACGCCAACGGAGUAUCAGAAACAACUUAUGCUUAGCUUCCCUGGUGAUGGGGAUCAUUUUGGACAUCUGCCUUUAGCCGCAGGCCAGACUCUCUUACUUCUGAUGACGCAACCUUCAGUCGAUAUCCAGCCACUGGCUCUGAGAUGCGAUCUGAGAGAGGUCAUAAGCCGCGCAAACAAACCCGCGGAUGCUAGGGUGAAAGUCGACAUAAAUAUCUAUGGCCUGCGAUCUAAGGCGUUGGAUAUUGGCAAAAGGCUCUCCAAUGGAAAGCUGUGGCUUCAGAGAUCUAGCCACGGAAGACAUGGUGUUGCUUACGAGAAUCCGCACUUCUUGAGCAUUAGCGUCCAAGAUACCGGGAUCGAUGAAGUCCAGAUUACUGGACUGGCUGUCAGUGAUAGCGCCCUGAAGAAAGUUAGCAAGGAAGAUCAACUGCGGAAGAUGGUGGAUGAGGUCUACAAAACAGUCGAGAACAACCGCGAACUUGAGAUGGUUGAAGGUGGUGACAGGGUGACCCGUCGGUUGCUAAGACAUCAGAAGGAAGCACUUGGUUUUAUGCUUGAGAGAGAGUCUGGGCACAUCAACGAGAGGUACAGACUUUGGGAAGAGAUCAAGCAUGGCGAUGGGAAAGUCCAAUAUCGACAUAGAAUCAUUAAGAGACGUAAGGAUAUACGGCCAGAGGAGAAAGGCGGCGGUAUUCUUGCCGAUGACAUGGGGAUGGGAAAGUCGCUUUCCAUCCUCGCUUUGAUCAUGAAAACUCUUGAAAAUGGCCAAGAGUGGGCCGAGGGCAAAAAUGCAGAGCAUAAGAGCAGGAGGUCUCUCAAAUUCUCUCGUUCUACCCUGGUUGUAGUCUCAGCAGCUUUAUUGGUCGAUGAGUGGAUGAACGAGGUGAAGAAGCACCUACAGAACGGUAUCAGAGUGGUUAAGUACCAUGGCGAAAAGAGACCAAAGACCGCCGAAGAGCUAGAAGACCCAGAUAUCGUAGUGACAACAUACCAUACGCUCACUGCCGAGUAUCUAGUAGGGAAAGGAAAGAAUUCACCGCUAUACCAAUUGGGCUGGUAUCGAAUAGUCCUUGACGAAGCUCAUAUCAUCCGUCGUCCAUCCACCAAAUUCUUCCAGGCGUGUGAAUAUCUCCACGCCAACUCUCGGUGGUGCCUCUCUGGGACACCCAUCCAAAAUAAGCUCACCGAUAUUGGCUCACUGUUCCGCUUCAUUCGCGCCGAACCAUUCGACCAGGCAUCCGAGUUCAGAAAGUGGAUAGAAACACCAUUCGAUAACUCAUUCGACGAACCGGAGCUCGUAAGGGAUCGCCUAGUCCUACUCCUCGAAGCACUGUGUCUUCGCCGAACUAGAGAGGUCCUCAACUUACCCAAAACAAGGCAGUUUGUCCGGCAUUUGGAUUUCAGUCCGCAAGAGCGAGAUCAGUACGACAAAACAAAGGCUGUCAUUCUACGUAACAUGCAGCAUCGCAUGGGCGAAGUCAAAAAGAGCUCACAGUUUGGCAUGUUCCAGAUGUGGCUUCAGCUGCGAAUUGUCUGCAACCACGGAACAUAUCAAAAGCUCUUCUCAUGGCAUCGAAGAAGCCUUUUGGAAGAGCGAGAGGCCGUAGUUGGAACUGCUGGUCAAUAUGGCGAGAUAUCCUGCGUGGGAUGUGAGGAGCCGAUGCCGAUACUUGGACGCGACUUAACGAAAAGAAUGUUUGAUGACGAAUGCUCACAUAUUCUAUGCUCGAAGUGCAUUGAGGAGUCAAAUAUGCACUUACCUGAGGCACAAAGACGGUGCCCCGUCUGCAUCAGAUGGUUCAAAGAAUCUUCUGUUCCUCGAGAUGAGCAAGCUUUGGCAAACGGUGAGAGACCGAAGAAACGGAGGAAGGGUGCUGCUGCAAAAGAUGAUCACGAGAGUUACUUCAACGAACAAGGAUUUUCAACGAAAAUACGGGCUUUGGUUGAGGAUGUUCAAAAGGAUCUAUGGAAAACAAAAAGUAUUAUCUUUUCUUGCUGGACACGAACGCUGUAUUUGAUAUCAAGACAUCUGGAACAGGCUAAAAUUCCAUACCUUCAACUCGACGGCGAGAGCCCACUGCACCAACGACAGGCUACGCUCCUUAAGUUUGAUAACGAGGAUGAGACUCCUGUUCUUAUCAUGACAACAGGAACCGGAGCAUUUGGGCUGAAUUUGACUUGCGCAAAUCGAAUCUUCAUCACAGAACUACAAUGGAAUCCCAGCGUCGAGAGCCAAGCGAUUUCCAGAGCCAUCCGCCUCGGGCAACAAAGCGAAGUUCGAGUUACGAGAUAUAUCAUCAACAAUACUGUGGAAGAGGACAUACGGCAGCAACAAGAGUACAAAAAGCAAAUAGCAGCACUAGGCUUUGAAGAAGUAAUCAAUUAG